GAGCAGGCUCCCAUUUCCAUCUGAGUUCCCAGACCUGCCCGAUUGCUCAGGCCCAACCAGAAGUAUCAGUGUGCGAGCAAAAAGCUGACUUUUUAACACAGAUAUCAGAUGCUGGAGGGUUCUGAGGAAGGCAGGAGAAGGAAUUAGCCCCUCAAUCCCCUCCAUCCAGGAGAAGGAGCAAGCUGACCUCUGGUGGCCUCUGUUUUAUGUAGUUCCAUGAGGUCAAGUCAACACCGUUUCCAUUCCUUUUGGUCCUCCCAACAAGAUGAAAGCGUGGGGAUGUUUCUGCCUGCGUGCGUAUGCACAGGCUCCGGGAUUACAAAUUACCACUCUCUUUAGAGCCGAGAAUCAUCAGUUUCAUUAUAAAAGGCUCUGGAGGCCAUUGUGCGAGUUGAAAGCCGGUUGGAUUUUCCUAUUCAAAGCAGAUCCCAGCGGGGUUAUGGAGACUUCAAGUGAUCAGUCAUUGAUUGGAGUCCAGAAUUACUUGGAGAAGGCAGUGCAGAACCUAAAGCCUGUUGCUCCUGUCAAGUUCCACAUCUCCAGCCGCACAGAUACUGGUGUCCAUGCACUCUGCAACUCUGCUCACCUUGACAUCCAGAGGGCUCCAGGGAAGCCAGCUUUUGAGGAGAAACAGCUUGUCCAUGGUCUUAAUCGCCACCUGAAGCCUGAGCCAAUCCGCAUUCUGAAUGCCCACCGGGUGCCCAGCACCUUCCAUGCACGCUUCUCCGCGCUGUCAAGAACCUACAUCUAUCGGCUGCUGAUGGGCUGCUCUCAUCAUUCUGAAAUCCCAGUGUUUGAAAGGGAUCUCUGCUGGGCUCCUGGGGGAGGCUACCUGAAUGUUCCUGCCAUGCAGGAGGCAGCUCAGUUCCUGGUGGGAACCCAUGACUUCAGCACCUUUCGCUCUCUUGGCUCUGAAACACCUCUUCAGAGUCCAAUCAGAACCGUCUUCCAGGUGGACAUCCAGCCCUCCUCUGGUUUCCUGUCCCACCACUAUGAACACAGGGGACUGGAGUUUUGGGAGUUGAAGUUCAGGAGCAGAUCCUUUCUUUACCGCCAGAUGUUACUGGAUCAGACACUUAGACCAGUGCUUCUUUACAGCACUACAUUAAGUUUUUUGAGAGCUUAAUGUACUUUGAAAGGUCAUGAAGAGGAAAACAUCACAAGGAGAACAUGGGGAAUAACCUCCCCAGGGAAGUGGUGACUUUGACUUUUAGGAUUCAGCUGGACAGGGUGCUGGGACAUCUAGGCUAGGUCAUGCUUUGCCUGCAGGACAGUUCUUCCAGUGAGCAUGGACAAAAGUCACUAGGAGAUGGUGACAUUGGGAUGGCUUGGGAUCAGCCCCUGGCAAGAGCUGAGUUUCAGUGUGGCUCCUCUGUCAAAUAAUACUUGGUCCCAGCAAACCUGUGGCAUGUUGCCUUAGGCUGUGUGAGCUCUCCUGUGGAAAUGGGUACAGGUGAGCCCAGGGGAAGUGCUGGCAGGUUCUAGGAGGUUCAGCUCUUGCCUGGCCAGAUACCUGCAGCAGGUACAAGUCUUGGCCCUCCUGGAACAGCAUGUCCUCUUGAUACAGAGGAAAGAGUGGGUUUUGCCAGGAGGAUGCUGAAGUACAAAGGGUGCUUAUGCAGGAGGUGAGGGCCAUGGUGUGAAACUUGUGCUAACCCACUGGGUCUGGAAUUGCUGCUUGUGGAAGAAGGGAAGUUGUGACAUGCAGAGGUGUUUGAAAUACCACUUUGCUGCACAGGGGUGUGUUGUCUUAUGCUGUCCUACUUGGGUUUGGGUUUUUCUCUGUUUUUGUACUUUCUGAGAGAGAAGUGAGCCCCUACAUAGUUGCUUAUGUGUUAAGAACCUGUGAGCUCAGCUCUCCCAGCAUGUAUGUGAGCUUCCUGCCACAGACAGAUGUGUGGGUGCUGCUCUUGUUUCUGAAAUGGAAACCAUCCCCUGCUCAGCUUCCCACGUGUGGUGAGAACAAGACCUGCUCCAAGGUAGUGCUGUGUAGCUGGAGGCCAUUGUGUUGCAGGUCCUCAUCUCACUCAUAUAAAUGACUUUAAUUGUCCCUCCCCUACCACCAGCUUUGGUCACUAGAAGAUGCUAUGCUGCUGCUCGUUGCAGACAAGCUUAGUGUGUCACCCCCAUCAGCACAGAUCCUAGGCAGUCCACGCAAUCCCUGCUAAAGGGGAAGGAAAACCUUUCCUCUGCAGGCUGUGGGGUGACUGUGACUGCUAGAUAAUAAGGCAGAAGCUCUUCCCUGUGAGGGUGCUGAGGCGCUGGCACAGGGUGCCCAGAGAAGCUGUGGCUGCCCCAUCCCUGGCAGU